UCGAGCAAUUUUAUUACCAAUCUUGCCAGCGUUCGAAUCGGAAGUGUUUCCUUGUGGAUUUCGAGACUGACUUUGGUCAAAUCCGAAAGUGGAUUCAGCUGGAGGCAGCAGUGCAGUGUAUCGGGAUUGUUCUUAAUCUUAAACAGUCAUUCUCGCGAGUGCAUCGAAAGUGAAAAGGUGUGUUUUGAUCGAAAUUGUGUCAGAAGAACAAUUUCCAAGUGUACAGUGUCAGACGGAAGCGAUAAGUGAGUCAGUUUUGUGCAACAACAAAUAUCAAAUUGCUGAAGUGAACUUGUGCCAAAUUGAGAUUUCUAGUUGUGUGUAUCGAAAAAUUGAACCUGCAUCGUUGUGAUUAGUGAGCGCAAGUGAAACAAACCAACCUACUGCACUAAAAUGGAGGAUGACAACAAAAAGCCAUACAAGAUCAAAGACAUCACCCGUGCCAUCAAGAAGGCAGUCGUUGCCGGCUCGUUGGACGAAGUUCGCUCGAAAGCAGCGGAAAAAUUCGGACGUCCUGAACUGCCCAACAUCCACCUAGACUCGGACGGGACCGAGGUGGACGACGAAGACUACUUCCAAACGCUGGAACCCAACGCUGAACUGAUAGUCGUCUUCCCCGGUGAACAGUGGAUUGAUCCAACCCACUACGUGACAAUAACGACCCACAAGGAAACCGGCGACAUGACCGACAGCCCCGAGGUGGAACGGAUACACCUGAAGAAGCUGGUCGCCCAGAUGAAGUCGAACCUGUGCAACGUGUCCGUGCUGAGCGAACCGGACUUGGAGCUGCUGUCCAACAUGGACCCGAACUCGGUGGCGGACAUCACCGGGCGGGACUUCAUCGAGCAGCUCAAGGAAGCAUCAGGCAGAAUCCUGCAUGAAAAGCGACAGGCUCUUGACGCAAUUGAGCUGCUAAAGCUGAUCGCCAAGCAGAAGGCCACCUUCCCGAGCAUCGUGCACAACAUCCCGGGUGGUGAACCAGCGGACGAUGACGACGAGGACGACUAUGGUGACGAUGACAAUUACGUGGAGGGUUGCAGCAGCAGGAACAUCCUGGGUGGCGUAGGUGGGCAUCCACCGCCGCCACCGCCGGACGAUGUCGACGGAAGUGCCAACCAUAGGAGGAGCAGCAACAGUAGCAUCAACAGUGGUAAGCAAAUCACCCUUGAACUGGAUCCCCGAACACUAGCCACCUUCCACCAGUACCAGCAACACCAGCAGCGAGAUCAGCUUAGUGUGAACGCUUCGAACCUACAGCAGCCCACGGUCACCGCAACGGCCACGGCAGUAGCGGAUCUUGCGAGCGCUUCCCUGGGCAGUGCUGCCAACCGUGGUGAUACGUCGAACAUUUGAUAUUUGGUUUAUCAGAUCAAUUUUUGUCACAAGUAAGAUUGUUUCAAUUUUGGCUCAAUUUCAAUCAAAAGAACACACGAACAAACCACGUUGUACAAAUUGUUGUCGGUGAGUUGAUCCCGAGUUGGAAGAUCAACCGCCAUUUUUUUUUUUGCAAAACAAAUCGAGAAAACUCUAUGAUGUUGAUCGACGAAAAUACAAAAGUUUUAUUAGGUACGAUAGAGAUACAGUUCAAGAUAAAAGCAGACGAAGAAGACACAGAACACUGUAAAAAAUAAAUCUCUGCCCAUACGGAUUGCCUUAAUUUAGUUGCGUAAACGGUUAAGAUGAGACGACGAAAGGAAUGUGUUUAUUCAGGCCCACACAGCUCGGAAGCAGUUCACCGAGAGCCAGACGGAAAUGCUCAUAGGGUGAAUGGAACCAUUAUGUACUAUUGUACUACUAUCUACCGCAAACCCAAAGGACACAUUUUCAUCCCGGAAUGAUGAGCUCAUUAGUUUGUCCAAAUAGCCUUCAGCAGCAGAUCAUCCAUCGUAAAACAAGCCGUUGCGUUCCGCUUUCCCGCUCGUCUCAUGAAUCAUUCAUCUCCGUGGAGAAGCAAGUGAUAACCAACCACCAUCGUCCCAACCCCGAUCCCAUCUUCGAGGGUACUCCGUAGUUGGUUGCUAGCAAUUUCCUUGGACAUGUUUUACGAGCCUGUCGAGCUUGUUAUUUACCUUUCACUGUAGAUGUAAAGUUAUGGGUUUUCUUUUUUCGUCGGUCAUUGCUGGCUGAAUGAAACAUGAGUACUCCACUAGAAUGGAAGGAAGGCAUGAUGGCAGUGUGGUGCUGGAACGUGUCCUUCUUGCAAUUAUAAUGUUUACAUUUCAUGCCUGGGCGAUUUAGCGUGACUUUCAAUUUGCAGUCGUUCGUUAAAAUAGAAAUAAUAAGCGGAGAAUGGUGUGCAUAAUUCGAGCCCGGAGAGACUUCUUCUCAGUUUAAGCAAUUAUUGAUCAAUUGCAGGACAAAUAGCGAAACUAAAAUUAAUUAUUGAACCGACCUUCUCCGAUUUGUAUGAAACUUUGCGUAAGUGUUUGUUAUGGGCAAUGAUUCACAUUUUUGCUGAAAAUCGGCCAUUUUGGGCCUCGUAAAAUUUUAUAAAACGGAGUCUUUGAAGUUCUCCAAAAAAUGAUAGCACGGAAACGGCAAUUCAGAUCGAAAUGACGACUAACACGAAGUUUUAAAGAAAAUAGUGUCUUUCUGGGAAAAAAAAUGAUUUCAAAUUGCCUUCAAGUUAAAAUUCUAGAAAAAUGGUAAAAACCCAAAUAUCUCAAAGUAUUGUUGCCCGAUUUUUGAUUUUUUUUUUUCAAUUUUUGCUUAUGAAAUAAGCAAACUUUUGGAAUGUUCAAAACA